GGCAACGGCAGCGGAGGGACAGCAGGUGCGCCGCGCCGCCGCAGAGUUGAGCUCGGUGCCGGCCGAGCCGCCGCGCUGCGCCCCUGCCCUGCCCCCGCCCGAGUCGCCCCUCCCCCAGCCGGCCCUCCAGUGUCGCCAGGUUGCAGCAAGCGACCCCACGGGGUGCGUGCCGUGAGGCCGCGGGGCAGCAGAGGCGCCUCCCCCGAGAAGCCAGCCGAGCGGCGUCCCGCGGGGAAGAUGAGCGGCACCGGCGCCAGGUCCAGCCACCUGUCCCAGCCAGUCGUGAAGAGCGUGCUGGUGUACCGCAACGGGGACCCCUUCUUCGCGGGCCGCCGCGUCGUCUUCCAUGAAAAGAAGGUGUCCAGCUUCGACGUCUUCCUGAAGGAGGUGACGGGCGGCGUUCAGGCGCCCUUUGGGGCCGUCAGGAACAUCUACACCCCGCGCACCGGGCACCGCAUCCGGAAGCUAGACCAGAUCCAGAGCGGGGGCAACUACGUGGCCGGAGGCCAGGAAGCCUUCAAGAAACUCAAUUACUUGGACAUAGGAGAAAUCAAGAAAAGACCUAUGGAAGUUGUUAACACAGAGGUAAAGCCCGUGAUGCACAGCAGGCUCAACGUGUCGGCUCGGUUCAGAAAACCACUCCAGGAGCCCUGCACCAUCUUCUUGAUUGCCAACGGAGACCUCGUAAGUCCGGCUUCUCGCCUCCUCAUUCCUAGAAAAACCCUGGGCCAGUGGGAUCAUGUCCUGCAAAUGGUCACGGAAAAAAUCACUCUGCGGAGCGGGGCUGUCCACAGACUUUACACGUUGGAAGGAAAGCCGGUUGAGAGCGGGGCCGAGCUGGAGAAUGGGCAGUUUUACGUGGCCGUCGGCAGAGACAGGUUUAAGAAGCUGCCUUACAGCGAGGCGCUGUUUGACAAGUCAACAAUGAGGCGGUCGUAUGGUCAGAAGGCUUCUUCACUACCUCCUAUCGUAGGAUCCAGAAAGUCUAAAGGGAGCGGAAAUGAUCGUCAGUCCAAGUCAACAGUUGGAUCCAGUGACAACACAUCCCCUCAGCCCCCGAAGAGGAAAGGGAAAAAAGAAGGGAAUUUGGAAAAAACCAAAAAAGGGAAACAAAAUGUGAAGUUAAAGAAGUCACCACAGAUCAUUCCAAACAGCGAUGAAGGCGUCUUCAAAGCUGGGACAGAGAGGCCGGAGACACGGGGGGCAGCAGAAGUCCAAGAAGAUGAAGAUACUCAAGUUGAGAUCCCAGUGGAUCAGAGACCAGCAGAAAUAGUAGAUGAGGAAGAAGAUGGCGAGAAAGCCAAAAAGGAAGCAGAGCAGAAAGAAGAUUUUUCAGGAGUGAAUGGCCAAGUUGAAGAGGGAGCAGGUGGGGAGGCUGCAGAUGCCCCUGAGGAAGUCGAGGAGGCCCCCGAUCACAGUGAGGGGCAGGCAGGUCCUGCUCGAAGUAAUGGAGGUACUGAUGAAGAAAAUGGCGAGGAGCUGGAUCAGGUUAACAAGGAGCUUCAGGACGCAGUGGAUGAAGAAGUCAAGUCUCAAGGAGCUGGCAGUGGACAAGAUGAGGCUGACUUAGACCCUCAAAGACCACCAAGACCAGAAGUAAAAAUCACCAGUCCACAAGAAAAUGAGAAUGAACAAAACAAGGACUAUGCCGUUGUAGCAUAGAUCAUUUCUAAAGAGAGUGCAUUGAUUAUCAGAAAAAAAUGAAGGGUUACAAUACUUGAAUGAUAAGUAUAUAGUUAUUGUGGAACAUGAUGUGACAAUAUGGUUGACUACUACCUACUGAAUUUUAAGAUUAGAGGCUUAAUGGAAAGAUUAGAUGCUUUUGAAUAGCUACUAAAGGAGAGUGGCUUCUUUUCAUGGGAUGUGUUUUUAAGAGUCAUUUAGAAAAAUUAAGAGGGAUAGAGGGGCAUUUACCCUGGACGACAAUUGGCCACUUAUCUCUGUAAGCGGUGCAACAGAAUAGGACCACACCUAUUGUAUACUUUUCUACAAAUUUAGAAGCGAAGUUAUUAGAUUGGAGCUUAUUCUAAAGCACUUAUCUAGGAAGGCACAGCAUUUUAAAGAAAUGAUAAUAGGAUAGCAUGUACUAUUUUCUUUAGAAGCAAUAAACUCUUGAAGAAUCAAAUUGUCGGGUAGUUUCAGACCCGGCAGUAGAUAGAAAUGUUCCAGUGACUUGUUGACAUUCCUUUCUUUCUUCCUGCCUAUCUCAGAUCCCAUUUUACAUGAAUUCAAAAGGCUAUUACCCAGUUCUAUCACCAAGCCUGCUUGGAUGGUUUAAAAAUCCUGGCUAUGUUAGAAGUCUCAAUAUUGGCUAGUCUAAAGAUUAAAUUCUUUCCAGAUAGUUUUUUUUUAAGAAACAAAAUAAAACAACCUUCCCCGAAAAGCAAAAAUAACACCCCCCCAAAGCCAAACAAACAAAAAACCCCAAGAAAGCAUAAUAGGAAAAAAAAGAGCAGGCUCUAUGGAGAGUUUGUCACUGCUUGCUUUGACUUGCUUUUUGGACUAGGAUUUCUAUAUCUAUUAGGAUUAGCCUUGUUAUACUUUUGUCCCUAGGGAUAUUAGCAAAUGUCUAUUUUAUUGGCCAGCAAUAUUUAGAUUUUCAAGCAGAUUCCUCCCUAUAUAAUUAGAAGCCACAUGUUUGAAAUUGUGGAAAAAUGUUUAAAUUGUCAUCACAAAACCAAUUCCUGAUUAGAAUUUUGUGAGCUAAUUAAAUCAACUCACAAUGACCUUGUUAGGUAUAUAUGGGGAGAAAUGUAAUUGUAUUAGUUUUUUGAAUUUUUAGGAGAUGGUGCAGAUCUUCCUUAAAUAUAGAAAUAAUAUAUUUUUCUCAGAUGAAAGACUAUUUUUGUUAAUUAUGUAGAUGUUCUAAGUUUGAAAUGAAAACUUCUAGUGCUUUCAUAGAAUUCAUUAUUAAUCUUAAGUUUAGAAGAUUUUCUUCCUCUCCAGGUUUCCUAAUCGAUCAUUUGGAAUAAAAGUAGUUGUAUCAAGCACUUAAUAA